UGUCUCUAACGAGUGAGCAGUCCCACAGCUUCUCUCUAUCCCAUCCUCAUGACCACAUAAAUUAACCUAAAGUUCACCCUCAUUGUUUGUCAAAACCUCCCAUUUAUAAAUUCAAAAGCUCCAUUUUAUUAUGCUCUCUUCUCUCUCUCUACUCCCGGAAGAUACCUUCCCUCCCUCUCUUCCUCACGCACAAAACCCCCUCUAAAUCUCUCACUCUCUCUCUACAAAAGCCCCCUCUGAAUCUCUCUCUGUAAAACUACUGCCAUCGCCGUUUCGACAAUUAUCAUCUUUAACUCAACCAAACGCCCAUUUUCUCUCUCUAAAGAUAAGGACACAGAGAGAAAUGAAGCAGGCUCAGAGACCAGGCCCCAACCUUGCAUCGUGCAUAGUGGCCACCAUUUUCCUCAUCUUCCUCAUCAUCGUCCUCCUCAUCCUCUUCUUCUCUCUUUUCAAGCCCAAGGACCCCCACAUCACCGUCAACGCAAUCCAGAUCCCCGACUUCCACCUCUCCCCCACCCCCUCUCUCCCUAACGGCGCCGUCAACUUCACCUUCUCUCAAUACGUCUCUGUCAAAAACCCUAACCGCUCCGUCUUCUCUCACUACGACAGCACCAUCCAGUUAAUCUACGCCGGCAACCAGGUGGGUUUCAUGUUCAUUCCCGCCGGGAAAAUUGACGGAGGCCGAACGGUGUUCAUGUCCGUCACGUUCUCCGUCCAGUCGUUUCCUUUUAUGGCAAGCCAAGGCGGUGGCGAGUUUGGGGCCGUCGGAUUGGAACCAAAUUUGGCAGUAGAUUCACGGAUGGAGAUUAAGGGGAGGGUGAGGGUGCUACACUUCUUUACACACCACGUUGAGUCGAGGACCACAUGUCGCAUUGUGAUUGCUGUAAACGAUGGGUCGGUACUCGGGUUUCACUGCUAGCGUUAGUGUGAAAAAGUUAAAUCAGCGAAUGAAUUGAAACGAACCUAAUCCAUGUUGUUGGAGAGACAGAUGCCGAAUUUCAUCAAAGAAAGAGAGAGAUAUGCUUGAAAUUUUGAAAAGAGAGGGUCCAUGUUUUAUGUUUUCCAAAAAGAUUAGAGGCUCCCAUAGGAGCAUAUCUCCCAUCACACUCUCGGGUAAAUUUUUGUCUAGCAGUAUGAUCCCAAUUUUUCUAAGGAAGUACUCCCAAGUAAUUUUUUUGCCCGAGGGAGUAAGUGUACACUAUGAUCUGGCUUUCUGAAUGGAUAUUGUUGGCCUUCA